AUGGUUAGCACAUCACUCUUCGCCGUCCUUUUCGCCCUGCUUCUUGCCUAUCUUCUAGAUGCGUGCUUUUGCCAUCGCCGACAUUCGCAAGAGCCCCCUUACGUUAGACCAAGAAUCCCUUUGGUUGGUCAUGCCUUAGGGCUUGCACUGCACGGUAGUAGAUACUAUGACAUCGUUAGAAUCAGCCCGGGCCAGCCAGAGAUUUUCACGCUGCCUAUCUUCUCGUUCCGGAUCUAUGUUCUCAACUCGCGCCAUCUGUUUCCUGUCAUUAUCCGUAAUGCGCGGACCUUAUCCUUUCGUCCCUUUGCCCAGCUGGCUUCUAGAGUGUGGUGCAGCGUAUCCGAGCCUUUUAUGCAAAUGCACGAAGAAGGCCAUCGUUGGAUCGAGGAUUUAUUCCGCGACACGCGAAAUGCCCUAGCCGUUGGAAGUCAUUUAGACUACCAAAACCUCAUGGCCGGGGAGAGUCUAAAGAAUUUCAUAGACCAGCUAGACGAAGAUGUUGGAAUAGAAGGAAAGAAACGUUUCAACAUAUACAAAUGGAUACAUCACACCAUCACCGUGGCAGCUUCGGAUGGCGUGUAUGGGAAGAACAAUCCUUUUCGAGACCCUGCAGUGGAGAAUGACUACUGGUACGUGAUCUGGGCUCAAGGUAUCAAGAAGCAAACAGCCAAGCUGCCGAGUGCGUUUCUGCGUAAGGAGCUAGCCGCGCGCGAAAGACUUUUCAAGGCAUUCGAAAAGUACUGGACCUCUGACUGGUCCGAUGCAGCGGAGAUUACGAAAUCAAGAAAGCGCCUCUAUGACCGUGACGAGGUUGCGUUGAGAGAUCAGGCAGCGCAUCAAGCUAGCUUCAACCUCGCGCUUCUAGGAAACACGAUUCCCACAAGUUUUUGGGCAUUAUACGACAUUUUCACGCGACCUGAGCUUCUGAAAGCUAUUCGCGCCGAAAUUGAGACAAAUGCGUUGAUAAAAAGGGCCGUCAAUGGCUGUUCUACAUUUGAACUUGACGUGGCAGCUUUGCGAAACAAAUGUCCCUUGCUGUUAUCGUCGUUCCAAGAGUCACAGCGGACGAAGUCAAUCCAUGCCAUGAUUCGUGAAGUCAUUUCCGACACCCUCAUCGAGUCGUCAACAACUAAAAUGAAGUAUUUCCUUGCUCAAGGACAGUACGUUCAAAUGCCCUCUGGUCCAAUUCAUAAGGAUGUGAAUAUAUGGGGCCCAAACGCCGCUGAUUUUGAUCCCUAUCGCUUUACAAAGGGUACUUCUGUGCUGCCGAAAAGUGAACUGCCAAAUAGCUAUGCAUUUCUGCCAUGGGGGAGUCCGCCACAUCUCUGCCCUGCCAGACAGUUCGCAAGCACAGAAGUGUUGCUAUUCAUCGCGCUUAUGGCCUUACGCUUUGAAUUCUUACAGGCUGGAGGAGGCGCAUGGAAGACCCUUGGUGUGAAGACUGGCGAACUAGUUACAAUUCUACCGCCUACGGAUGAAGUCCUCCUCGACAUUGGCAAGAGAGAAGGUUUCCAGGGCUUCUGGAUCGUCAAAAUGGGUGAAUCUAGUCAAAAAGUACCAUUAGCAUCUGGGUAA